AUGAAGGACGCCAUGGACAGCAACGAGUGGAAGAAGAAGGGGGAGGUACCGCGACCGUCAUUUCCCGACGUGCUAAAGAGGCUGGAAUUGGCGUGCAAAUUGAUGUCGUCGACGGCUAUUCGGAGGAGCUGGUGGCGCGCGGGUUGUGUGCCGACGGCGUGGGUGUCGGUGAUGAAGCGACUGGAUGGCGGCGGCGCGGCUUUGAUGUUCGAGCCCAUUGUCAGCGUGCUGACAAGGCUGCAGAUGGCUAUUGAGAAUUUUAAGAGGGCCCCUGGUAUGUAUAUGACUUCGUGGGAUUUUGUGGGCUGCGACGAGGACCUGCUCAUAAAGUGGGGCGUGAUUAUGGUGGAGUUUGAGGAGGACGAGGAGAAUGAAGACGAGAUACCGGCGUAUUUUUGUAUCCCUGAAGGGCCACUGUAUCGGGACGUUCGCACCCGGCAAAGGGUCGUGCGGAUGGUGGCGGGCGAGUACAGUCAGGAGGCGGACAAAUUGGGCAUACCAGUGUGCCAGGUGCCCGAGGCCAUGGGCGCGCAUAACGAGGAGCCACCUGCCUCUCUCUCGCUCCUCACGGACCUGCACACCCUGACUCUAACCCACAGCGCAGCUCUUCAAGCACCAGAAUUCACCAACCUAUGUUCUCUCGCCACUCUCUCCGUUGACAUCUCGGAGCAUGAUGAGGAGCUGGAUCUCACCACCCUCGUGCACCUCCCGGCCUUCGCCAACCUCGCUCUGUGCGGCGAAACAAAGCUCAAUCUCGAAGGUGAGAACGCCCACCCGGUCUCGUUCGCUCGGAUGGCUCACCUUGAGUCGCUGGAAUUCGACUACAACUCUUCGCGAUUCAGCUUGCUGUUUCCGUCAGGAGUAACGUUCAGUCGUCUCGAGCGGCUGCUUUUCAGCGGCUGCGACAAGCUCGAGCGCCUUCCGGACGACAUCGGGGAGCGAAUGCCGCGCCUUCGAGAUUUGACCAUCAGCUCAUGCCAUAAUCUACCGGAGCUGCCAGAUCAUUUCACUUCCCUCCACUGCCUCCAGAAGCUGACGAUUUCCUCGCUCGACCUCACGAGCCUGUCUACGAGGUUCGGAAAGCUGUCUGUUUUGAAGGACUUCACACUGCACCGGCUGCCGAUCUCAGGCUUGCCGGACUCCUUCCACCAGCUCACGUCGCUGGAUGUUUUGAAUGUGCACGAUUGCCUCGCCAUGGUGAAGUUGGGGGCGAGCUUCGGCAGCCUCCAUGCACUCAAGUCUCUCAGCAUCGCCAACUCGCCAAAGCUGGUUCUUCCGGAAGACAUCGGAGGGCUCACGGACCUUCACACUUUCCGAGUGACUUUAAAUAGCGUACAAGAGCUGCUGCCAUCCUCGUUCACUCAGCUGAUGUCACUGACACGCCUCGAGCUGAACCUGUGCGACAUGAUACAGGAGCUUCCAGAGGGGCUGGAGAGGCUGAGUAACUUACGGGAGCUGAGCAUCUGGUCACGCUCGACGAUUCAGAAGCUUCCCGAGAGUAUUACAGACCUUGGCAGCCUUGAGGUUCUGCGAGUUGACGGCUGCAGCAGCCUCUGUUCCAUUCCUGGGAGUUUGAGCGCUCUUGGAAGGCUGAGAGAGUUGGCCAUUGGCAAGUGUGCGCAGCUGCCAGAGCUCUCCAACUCCCUGCCACCGUCGCUCGAGGUGCUCAGCUUGGGGUGCCCCCAACAGCUCACCCCUCUUACAGAGCUUCCUGUGCUGCCUAUGCUAUAA